UGCUCGCCUGGAAUCAAAAGUCACAGAUAAAAUAUAAUACCCAGACUGAAAGUUCAAUUUUCAAAAGAGGGAAUAGCACAAAUCUGACAUUUCGUGAAAUGUUAUAAGAAUUAUUGUUGAUAAAUUUAUUAUGCUUGGGACAGUUCUCAGACUCUCCGAAAAGUUGUCUCAAUGUAUCUAUAUGUGAAUGUAUGCUUCAACUCCUUGUGCGGGUGCUGGAUUGGAAGUUCUAAUGGAUUAAGAAGUCGUGUGUUCCAGUUAGACCUUUCGAAUCGUAGGUGAUUUGCUGUCAUCAGAGUAAUUGGUGGUAAAGAAGGGAGCAGAUUAUAUAUACAUAUAUAUAAGGUUAACAUGGCAGUAGAUUUCUACGCUGGAUGCCUUGGAGGUUGUGCUGGAGUAUUAGUUGGUCAUCCUUUCGAUACUGUCAAGGUACGUUUACAGACACAAGACAGCAAUAAUAAAAUUUACCGUGGGACAUUUCACUGUUUGACGACAAUAAUAAAGCAAGAAUCAUAUCAAGGACUUUUCAAGGGCAUGUCUUCUCCUAUGUGUGGACUAGCAGCAGUAAACGCAAUAGUGUUUGGUGUCUACGGGAACAUCAUGAAAAGUGUAUCGUCCGAAAAUUCUUCUCUACAAAACCAGUUCUUAGCAGGAAGUGCGGCGGGAAUAGUUCAAAGCUUCGUCACAAGCCCCAUGGAGCUAGCUAAGACUCGAAUGCAACUCCAAGGCCAGGAUGCUCGCGAAAAGAGAACUCCAUUUUGGCAAAAGAAUAGAAUUAUAUACAAAAAUCCAUUGGAUUGCUUGUUGAAAGUGUUCCGAAGUGAAGGCCUACGUGGUGUCUACCGAGGUCUUGCUUGUACUAUCUUAAGAGACGCACCAGCUUUCGGGGUUUAUUUCUCUAGUUACGAAUAUCUUACAGAGAAGGUGACGGAUUCAAAAGGCAAUGUCAACACCUUUUCUUUAUUAUUCGUCGGUGGGCUUGCUGGAGUGUGGUCUUGGAUAGUAAUCUAUCCUCUGGAUGUGAUGAAGUCGCGUCUCCAAAUCGAUGGAAUGGAUGGAAAUGGAAAGAAAUACAAAGGACUGUGGGACUGUAUGAAAAAAAGUUACAAAUCAGAGGGGUACCGAGCGUUUACUAAAGGACUCAACUCGACAAUUAUCCGAGCCUUCCCGACUAAUGCUGCAACUUUUUCUGUGGUCACGUGGGUGUGCAUGAUGUUUGACAACCCAGCAAACAGAAAACUUGAUGUCCAAAGUCCAAGCGGAGUUCUAAUUCUUGACCAAGAAAUGCAAACUCUCACAUGCUAAUGAAAUUUCGCAUUUAAUUUUGAGCUUCCCAUUUAAAAUCUCAAAGAAAAGAAUCUUUUAAUUCUUUCUCUGUAAAUACUGAAUUGCUAUUUUGUUUGUGGACGUCUCAGUCUGAAGUUUAUGUGAUAAUUUAUGAAUUUUGUGACAUAAUCGAAAGCACUUUGCUUUUGUUUGGACUUUUCAAAAUGCUGCUCAAGGACCUAAAUUUUGAAAGUAUAUUUAUUUUGAAUGUAUUUAAUCAUGUAAUAAAUAUUGCAUGCAUUUUUGGUGUUUCAUAAUCUUUAAGUUUGACGGACAAAAUC